UGCGUAGCUAGCGCAGACAACAAGCGUCUGGUUGAACGAAACUACUCGGUAGUGAAGCGAAAGUAAAAUCUAUCAAACAAUCAGGAAAACGUCACCGAACACUGGCUUCGUCGUGUAAUAUACCACAGGGACCUGAUAAGUUGUUACAGCUAUAUUUGGACCUAAACUGAUUUAUGUAUUAGCUGAUUAGACGGAUUUCCAAAAUAUAGAACAAAAACAAAAGGACACCCUGGAUGUGAUAGAUGCGUAGCUAGGACUAGGCCUAACCCUCAGGGUAACAGCAUGCCCAGUUACCCAGGAGUCAAGGCUAACAGGUCUAGAGGAGAAACUUUUCAAGAUGGCUGGUCAGCAAACCUCCCACCACAGAAAUUGUCUUCUGAAGGAUUUAUCUACACCGAAAUCUCAACAUCUUCCUGUUUGGUCAUUGCCGGUAUCCUGUUGACAGUGUUCUCGAUGUAUAUGGUGCCUGGUUGUGCCUCAGCCCCCACAAACAACUGUCCUGGCCCAGACUACAUUAAACAAGAUAAUGGCUUUUGUUGUGGUGUAGUUAGCUGUGCAAAAAAUUUCACAGUUUCAAUGUGUAAAGUUCACCAUGGCAAUGACACAUGUGCUCCUUGUCCGGAAGGAAGUUUUCUGUUGGAUGCCACAACUUCCAUCACUGCCACAAGCUGUGUGAAGCCUGAUUGUCUGAAAAACAGAACAAGGCCGUCCCUGGUGAAGUCUACGACUAUUGAUCCCUAUGCCUGUCCCCAGUGGUGUCAGUGUGACAUCAGUUUUAAUUACUGUGGAACAGACCCAUGUAACUGUCGGAGAGGAACUUGCCCAUACCGCACCAAUCUGCAUCAGGAUUGUGGAUGUAGACUGAGCACACCCAGUCCUCCAAAACCUACGCUUCCAAAGGAGAUACCAGUGACGCAGAGAAAUUUUACAACUUCUAAGCGUAGAAUUUACGGGUCUACAUUUCCACCUGGCACCACCAACGCCUCUGACAGCCAGCCGAAGCAAAGCCAUGAUAAAGCAGUAGCAGCAGUAGUAGCAGUAGUAGCAGUAGCUGUAGUCAUCCUUAUUGUCAUAUGGUGCAAAUGGAAACAAAGGGGAAACAAUAUAUCAGGAAACAGAAAUAGAGGAGCAGAUGGAGCAAGUGAAGAUCCUGCUGGGUUUCCACUAAUUCUAGGUACAGAAACAGAUGUCAACAUGGAUUCCAAUCAAGACAUUCCAGAAGAAGCUAUUGAUCUUCACAACAACAUGGUGAAACAUCUUGAUGGAUACAUUUUUGGAGACGACCUAAUAAGACUUAAGGAGCUCUUCAAAGAUAUCCCACUUACCCCUGCUGUCAUGGAAAAAAUCUCUAAUAUAUAUGACCUAUUUAAGCAUCUUCUGGACAAUAAGAUAAUAAGUAUUGGCAGCUAUACAAAAUUUAUAUCAAACCUUAGGCAGAUAAAUCCAAAUCAGGCAGCAUAUGUGGAGAAACAAGAAAGAGACAUGCAAGAAGUCAUCAAAAGAGGACCCCCGGGCCAUCCGUUCCUUAUUGGGGAGGGG